AUGCGGCAAAGAGAAAGAGAGCUCAUUUUCGAGUCAAAGGCUGUCAAUAGGUCGAUGGCAAUCGCAAAACGAAAGCGAGAUGAGAAAUUACUGGUGCUAAAGCAGCAAUUUCUCGAAGAUAUGAGUUCCAAGUUUGUACCGGCGCGGGGUCGGCAAGAAGAUGUCUACGAUCAUUGCUUUCGCCCUGCAGACCAGGACAGCGACGGAGGUAGAAACGUAUCACUUCCCGCAGAAGAUUACCUGACUGAAGUAGGAACGUCAAGACGAACAGAGCACCAAUGGUACCCUUGCCCUCUCCUAUUUAAGCUAUAUGGUAUUGUCCCUACAAAAAACGAAAAACAGGGUCAAGCAAACGACCAGAACGACAAACGAAUGCGGUCUUCGCUGACCACACGUCAUGAAGUCGAGGAUGAUGAUUUUCAAGUACAUGCCAUUAUUGGAGCAGAUGGGAAGAGAAUCGACUUUCAGCACGCAGCCAGGGCAUUUGUUGAAGACGACAGCGUUGCUUUGACUAUUGCAGAGUCACAAAAAGGAAUUGGAACCCUUCCAGUUAGCGCAACUCCAAGCGCUGAGCUCUACAAUGCCAUUUAUAAUAGGAAAGUUUCGCACGCCGAUGCCACGAACGGAGACGCUGAUGUACGUGUUUCUGCACAGGAGGGAAAGCAAACGCAACUGGCAGGUGGUAGAACGUCACGAAGAACCAAGGCUGCGGAUUUCUUUUAA